GCUACCACUCGCUUCUUGUUAAUCAAGUUCAUCCUGAUAUGUCCAAAGAGUAUUCCAAACCAGACCCUUUCCGUAUCAAGGCAGAAAUCAAGGGCAAAAAACAGAAGCGUGCUCAAGGUUCCUCGCAUUACCGACCCAAGGCCCCGACUGAGUUGACACACUUACCCUACUUCAAAGAUGCAUCUCCGACAGAACAUCAGGAUCUGUUCAUCAAAAAGCUGCAACAAUGUUGUGUUGUGUUUAAUUUCGCGGAUUCGACUUCGGAUAUGCCUAGCAAAGAGCUCAAGCGCCGGUUUCUCACGGAGUUGGUUGAAUACGUCUCAGCCUCUCGAAAUGCUUUGCAGGAAUCCACUUAUCAGCCGAUUAUCUCGAUGAUCGCAUGUAACAUAUUCCGUCCCCUACCCCCCACUGAUUCAUCUGAUUUUGACCCAGAAGAAGACGACCCCGUACUCGAAGUUUCUUGGCCUCAUCUCAUGCACGUGUAUGAAUUUUUUCUACGCGUUUUGGAGUCCUCAGAAUUCCAGCCAAGCAUAGCGAAGAAGUACAUUGACCAAAAAUUUGUUCUUCAGCUUCUAGAGCUUUUUGACAGCGAGGACCCUCGAGAGCGCGAACUUUUGAAGACCGUUGUUCACCGAAUUUACGGAAAAUUCCUCGGACUGCGUUCAUUUAUCAGAAAACAAAUCAAUAAUAUCUUUUUGAGGUUUAUUUAUGAAACAGAGCAGUUUAACGGAGUUGGCGAACUUCUGGAGAUUUUGGGUAGCAUCAUCAAUGGUUUUGCGCUCCCCCUGAAGUCGGAGCACACACGCUUUCUGGCCAAGGUUCUCAUUCCUUUACACAAGGCUAAAUCUCUAGUCAUGUUCCACCCACAAUUGGCGUACUGCAUCGUUCAGUUCCUGGACAAGGACUCCACCCUUACGGAACAAGUGGUCAAGGGCCUGCUCAAGUUUUGGCCCAAGACAUACUCACAAAAAGAAGUAAUGUAUUUGGGUGAAAUUGAGGAGAUUCUCGAAGUGAUUGAGCCCGUUCAAUUCCAACUCAUUAUGGUACCGCUUUUUCGACAGAUUGCAAAAUCAGUAUCCAGUUCUCAUUUUCAGGUCGCAGAACGUGCGUUGACUUACUGGAAUAACGACAAUAUUGUUUCACUAGUGGAGGAGAAUCACGAAGUGCUCAUACCAAUCUUGUUCCCUUCGUUCUAUCGCAUUUCCCGCGAACACUGGAAUCAAACGAUUGUUGCACUUGUCGGCAAUGUUUUAAAAAGCUUUAUGGAAAUGAAUAGUACACUAUUCAAUCAGUUGCUGGACAAUUACAAGACGGAACGUCAAAGGGAACGAAAGCGAGAGAAAGAACGUGAAGAGCUAUGGAAGAAACUCGAACAGCUGCAUGUAUCCGGCUACGGGGAUGCUGUGGGCACUGCACCGUAAACUGGGACUUCUUCCGCCCACUGACGUGCGUGAAUACCUGUCCCGUUGUUCUCACCCUCAGUCUGUCAGAGUUGUUGAGAAUACGACCUGCUACCAUUUUCUCUGCUUGGAUCGCUUCAAAAGAAAUCUCUUGCAGGAUGCGACUCCACAUAUGUCGACUACCCAUCCUGUAAUUUCAGUCACUAUCUCUGUCUUCAUGUAGGGGUUUUGUUAGCUAUGGCUUUGUAUUUAAUCGCCACUAGGUUGAGCGCUGUUUGCUUCAGAUGACCUUUUCUCCUUAAUCAUCCAUUCGACAUGACGAGUUGUGAAAGCUGGGGCCGUAUUCCCUAUCCCUACCCUGAAGUCAUCACUCUGUACGUUUCUCGCGCUUUUUUCAAUUAAUCGCUCCUUUCCGGUGGUUUUCAUCUUGUUUUCUGCUACAAAUGCGUGCUUCAUCUAAGCUAACUUCAACUAACUAGCUUAUCAGCUUCAUUAUUUGGGCUUUCGCAAUCUAUACCCUCAUGCUUUUUUCCAAGCCUUCCAUCUUCUGUUCGUCCCUGCUCUCUUCCGUUUCAUAACGAGACAUGUAAACGUAUUCGCAUCCCACUCUGCCAUUGUAACCCCCAUCGCGUCCACCGGGCUCACCGGACUUGAGCUGCAUUCCUGAGACCACAGUCUUACAUGCAGCGUCGUAGUCCUCCAUUACGUCCGUUAUUUGUUUUACUCACUUCUCUGACAGUUUUCCUCAAAGCAAAGUUCAUCCGCAUCUACUACUACUACUUUAGCAGCGCAUGCGCUCUCCGUCUUCUGCCUUCCUCCUUCACACAUUGCUCAUCACGUGUACCAUCCUUUCUCUCCGAUCGUGUCUGUAGACGGAUGCCAAUUGCAAAGACAGUUCGUCCGCCACGUGUAUCUAUAUACCAUUGACAAGAAGACAAUACCUAUCCGAA